AUGAAUCAAGGAACCGAGUGGUAUCGUCACAUGGGAGACGAAAAAUCAAGAAUGGGAAACAAUCACAAAAAGAAAAAGGAAAACAUCACAAGCCGUAACGGCCGUGGCGGCGGCAAUGGCGGUGGUGGUGGGAAUGAUAUUGCCGGACUUGUAGUAGCGGCUGUUGGUUUUAUAGCUGUCGUCACUUUUUCAAUCAUCAAACACAGAACAAAACCGAAACCCAAACCUCAAAAUUCAUUGGACCAAAAAUGUGAUACAAGCAUAGAAGAUCACGAAAUUGAAACCAAUCAAGGUCUUCAUGCACUUCUUCAACCUUCAACAAACACAACCAAAGACCUAGAUGUUGCACCGUGUCAAGCGAUGAUAACCGAUGAGAAAAGUAUUAACCACAUUUUUAUUGAGGAGGAGAAAAUUGAAAGUGUUUCUGAAAUUAAAAUCAUCAAUGAAGUGGUGGCAUCUGAAACCUCCUUUCAUCAUGAUGAAAUUGUGUUAUCUGAUUAUUUCAACUCGGAAAGUGCCGUGUCAGAAGCGGAAAAGAUAGAGGAUGAUGAUGAUGAUGAAGCUGUUUCAGAGAUUGUUGAAGAAAAAGAUUGUUCAUUGAAUGAGGGAGGGAAAAUUGAUUUGCAAAAUGAAGAAGAACAUGUAGCUGAAAAAACAGACACUGAAGUUGUUGAUGAUGAUGUGCAAAAUGAAGAACAUGUAGCAGAAGAAACAGACACUGAAGUUGUUGAUGAUGAUCAUGUGAAUGUUGAACCUGAAAUCACUUCUGAAGAAGAAGGGAAUUUAUCUAUGGAAGUGACUUAUCAAGAUUAUCAAUCAAUAUUGGUAUCAAACUCAAAUCAAUUUUCAACUUUGCUUAUGCUGUUGCCAGGGUUGCUCUUGCUUCUAGUUCUACUUUUGCUUAUGCAUUUUACUAAAACUAUAUUUUCUGCAAUAGGGCCAUAA